AUGUCGAACACUGAAGCUAUCAUUCAAAGCGUUUCCAUUCUCGGUGCUCUUAAUGACCAAACCCGCAUGAUCUUAAGCAAAGAUGCAACAGCCUUUCUUGCUCUACUGCACCGUUCGUUCAAUGAGAAGCGCAAAGACCUCUUAGAACGCCGGGACAUCCGCCAAGCUGAGCUGGACAAAGGAAUCCUGCCAGACUUCUUGCCGGAGACUAAGCAUAUCCGUGAGAACGAUGCUUGGAAAGGUGCCCCGCCAGCGCCAGGAUUGAUCGACAGGAGAACCGAGAUCACAGGGCCCACGGACCGAAAGAUGGUUGUCAAUGCUCUGAACUCCAAUGUCUGGACCUAUAUGGCGGAUUUCGAAGAUUCCAGUGCACCGACAUGGGACAACAUGGUCAAUGGUCAGGUCAAUUUAUAUGACGCUGUUCGAAAGCAAGUCGACUUCAAGCAAGGAGAGAAGGAAUACCAACUCCGGACGGACAGGAAGCUCCCUACUCUGAUUGCGCGUUCUCGAGGGUGGCACAUGGUGGAGAAGCACUUCACAGUCGAUGGUGAACCAAUAUCUGCAAGUCUAUUCGACUUCGGUCUCUACUUUUUCCACAACGCACAAGAGCUGGUCAAGACCGGGACAGGGCCAUACUUUUACUUACCGAAGAUGGAGUCACAUCUCGAGGCGCGUCUGUGGAACGAUGUUUUCAACCUAGCCCAGGACUAUAUUGGCAUGCCGCGUGGAACUAUCCGAGGGACUGUUCUUAUCGAAACCAUUGUAGCAGCCUUUGAAAUGGAAGAGAUCAUCUAUGAGCUCCGUGACCAUAGUUCUGGCCUGAAUUGUGGUAGAUGGGAUUACAUCUUCAGCGUGAUCAAAAAAUUCCGUCAGAACUCCAAUUUUGUCCUCCCGGACCGCUCCGCAGUCACAAUGACUGUUCCUUUCAUGGAUGCUUACGUCCAGCUUCUCAUCAAAACAUGCCACAAACGAGGGGUACAUGCUAUGGGCGGCAUGGCAGCUCAGAUUCCUAUCAAAGACGAUAAAGAGGCGAACGACAAAGCUAUGGCAGGCGUUUAUGCGGAUAAACUCCGUGAAGUACGCGCAGGCCAUGACGGCACGUGGGUGGCGCACCCAGCGCUGGCAAACAUUGCGAAUGAGGUGUUCAACAAGCACAUGCCAACGCCCAACCAGCUAUUUGUGCGAAGAGAAGAGGUGCGUAUAACCGCCAACGACUUGCUCAACAUGAAAAUGCCGGGCACCGUUACGGAAGAAGGCAUCAGGAAGAACCUCAAUAUCGGCCUCGGGUAUAUGGAGGGUUGGCUAAAGGGGAUUGGUUGCGUCCCAAUCAAUUAUUUAAUGGAGGACGCGGCAACUGCCGAAGUCGACAAAGUGUAUGCGCAGAAGCUUCUCAAAGAACAGGCAGACGAGUUGUCCUCGAAAGCGCCAAAGGGGAACAAGUAUCAUCUUGCAGCUCAGUAUUUCUCCGGUCAAGUCACUGGGGAAGACUAUGCAGACUUCUUAACAACACUACUGUACAAUGAAAUCACGUCCGUAGGUCCUGCAGCCAAGUUGUAA